GACCGCCGCCACCACUACCACUACCACUACCUCCACCACCAGCAGCACCACCAACACCACCAGGAGCACCACCCUGACUUUCUCUUAUCAGACCAGCAGCACUACAGCAGAGCAACGUCUGGUCUGAACCGUAGCUCUUUCGUCUUCUCACGUCCACCUGGAGACACCGAGAUCAUCCACACCAAACCACAACCAGUUUAGUACUGAAGCUGCAGGACUUUUCUCCAUGGAGGCGUCUGUAGAGUCUCGAUGGGGAUCCUCGUCCAUGAUGCCCAACGAGGUGCUUCCCAGUUACCCGUCUGACUCCAGCUUUGUGUCUCACACCGAGGACGACACGACUUUCUCUAGCAUCGAUGCCGAAUGUGGCGGCCUGCCUUCCCUCUUCUCCAACGCCGUCCAGAGCCGGGGCUCAGCCACGUACAGACACAGCCCAGUGCGCCAGGUUUACUCCUCUCCUUUCCUAAGUGGCCUGUCAUGGCUCGAGGGCUCCGGUGCUCACUCCCUCUCGAGCCCGUACCCAUCACCCCCUUCCUCCUGGCACGGCGGAACGUUCAGCAGGAGCCCGGUGCUCCCCCACAGCUCCUCCACCUCGUCUCCGUUCCAUGCAUCCAUCCCUCUGUCCUCCAUCAGAGCCCCUCGCUCUGAGCUUCACCCACCCGGCCUGGACUGCAAGGACAGUGUGAAGGGGGAAAGGGUCAGUCCUGCAGCGGGCACCGAGGGUGUGGGGGGAGUGUACAUCAACCAUUUUGCCAGCGGCGGUGUAUAUCCACAUGACCACGGUCCGCCACAGGCGCACACACACACUCACACACAUUCUCUAGGACACUACAGCUCCUACGGCAGCCCGGUGCAGGACUUCAGCAGCGUUGGCCUUUACUCGCCCUCGUCGUACUCCCCGAAACUACGAGGCAAGAUGAGUCUCUCUCCUACCGAAACACGAGAGUGCGUGAACUGCGGAGCCACGGCUACCCCACUGUGGAGGCGCGAUGGUACGGGCCACUACCUCUGCAAUGCCUGCGGGCUGUACCACAAAAUGAAUGGACAGAACAGGCCUCUGAUCCGGCCUAGAAAGAGACUGGUCGUGAGUAAGAGGGCAGGGACCCAGUGUGCAAACUGCCAGACGAGCACCACCACAUUGUGGAGACGUAACGCCAGCGGGGAGCCCGUGUGCAACGCCUGUGGGCUUUACUAUAAACUACACAAUGUGAACAGACCCCUGACUAUGAAGAAGGACGGAAUCCAGACACGCAAUCGCAAGGUCUCGAGUAAGAGCAGGAAGGGGAGGAGGAACGCCACUAUGGAGCUCGAGUCCUUUUCAGAGCCCUUGAAGCCUCCCGGUUCUGAGCAGCUGGUCGACACCUUCUCUCUGGGACCCUACAGCCACAGCGUCCACCCUAUGGGCACCUCCGCUACACUCCAUGCCCCGUCUCACCUUUCCUACCCGUACCACCCUGCUGCUGCCACCAUCUUUUCCGGCAUGGUGUGACGUAAAUUGAAAAAAAAAAACGAACGCUGACGGUGUACGUGAUUGCAAGUCGAUUGCAUACAAGAGCUUUUUUUUAUUAGCAUGUUUCCUAUUCAUAUACAUAAGUGUGGAUAAAUGUGAGAAAAGAAUGUGUGCUAUUGUAUUCAUAUAAAAACCUUUUCUUUCCUUUUCAUUUCUUUAUUGGCCCUUUUACGGUGCAUUGUGUGAAUAAAUUGUACAGAUGAAUACACA